CAGGCUUGCGUAUGCCCCGGACCCUCCACCGCGCUUGGCUAUUUUCUUACCAGAACAAGGGUCACCUCUCGGUCAUUUAAUGAUAAGACACACCUAAUAAACGGAUUGCGUUUGAAAUCUUCCAAUUGCGUGGCCACCUUUCUCUCCUUCUCAGUCUCUCUUUCAAGUUUUUUGUCAACAUGUUGCCGCAAUCACCACAAUUCGGCAAACUCUUUAAUUAUUUCACGUUGAUUGCGCUGUGUAUGAUCGGAUUGAUUUACCAAUUUCAUCUUAUCCAGGACCACCUCGCAGCUCGCAUCCCCGAAAUUCCCGCAAUAAUACCAUGCAACCCAAAUGGAAUCCCCAAACUACUCUGGUAUAAGUUGGGCCCCAAGGGCCUUUCUGAAGAGGCACGGAACUGGACCGACACUUGCAUCAAGGGCAACCCUGAAUAUCGACCACACUUUAUGACGGACGAGAGCGGCGAUGAAUACGUUCGCAAAACCUUUGCAUUUCGUCCCGAUAUCGUCAACACGUACCUUGCAUUCCCAAUUCCCAUAUACAAGGCGGACAUGCUACGCUAUCUGUUACUCUGGGAUCAAGGUGGCGUGUGGUCGGAUUUGGACGUCUCGUGCAAAGGUGUGCCUAUGGACGAAUGGGUACCACCUAAAUACCAAGGAAGAGCUUCGCUCGUGGUAGGAUGGGAGUUUGACGCAGGUCACGACGAGCCCUACAUGCGCCAGUUCUGCAGCUGGACUUUUAUGGCUAAGCCACGGUUACCGUACAUGAUGCAGGUUGUUGACGACAUCCUUGCAGAGGUCCGGGCGAAGACUCUUCAGUAUAAUGUUCCGGUCGAAAAUAUCACACUGGAGAUGAUGGGAGAUGUUGUUGAUUUCACGGGCCCCCGACGCUUAACGACUGGUACCUUUAGGAGCUUGGCGAAGCGACUCAACAGGACCCUCGAUAUAACCGAGACAUAUAACAUUUUGAAGCCGCAACUCUUCGAAGAUAUCUUAAUAUUACCAGGACAUUCAUUCUCGGCACUCACAAACAGGUAUACACCGGAAGAAAAGUUGGUCCUGCCGCCCCAACUGGUGACCCAUCACUACUCUGGAAGUUGGAAGAACGACAAGGGGGGUGAGGCAAAGCGUAUAAGAUGAUGCAUUGAGCGUACUUGGAAGACUUUCAUAUCUGGCAACCAGUC